AUGAUGACGUUGGCGUAUCAUGGUCUCUUUAUGGUGUGGCGUCUCACAUUUGCCCAUCACGCCAGCUGUCAUGAUUCUGUUAAUAAGGUUUUUUCUUUAACAAUGAGCGCCUUACAAUUGCGAGAGGGAUUUCUGCUUCACCGCAAGUAUGACCCUUUUACGACACAUACAGACAUUUUCCAUUAUGUAGGUCAUGUUGUGUAUCGUGUCAUACCAUGUCUGCUUGAGUUACGGCUUUUACUUGACUGGUCAGUGUCUCCCACCGUGUUGAAGUUGCAGCACUGGAUGUUUCUUGAGGAUGUGCACCACACUGUGUACCUGCGCUAUAUUGACAUCAGCGACUUGGCCUGGACAAGUUCCAAGAAGGGGCGCCAAUUCCCAUUUUUUGUCCGAGCGUACCAAGACAUUGUUUGUUUUGCCGCGUGCCUCCUUGUCUUAUUUUUUUCCUUUGGUCCAAACAUUGGUAUGAACAUGGUGACGUCGUGGCGAACAAGGAUGAAAUAUGUCACAAUGUCACACUUUUACGAGGCUGAAGGCACCGAUGUUCGCGUUUCAUCUACUUUGCUUCCCAAACUUUGGAAUGCGUUGCCGUUGCUGCUCCAGGACAGAUACGGGUUCCAUAGCUCGCUGCAGCUGAUGAUGUUCCCAAGAUGUAGUGCGGAGGUGUGGAGUGUUGCGCCGGAAACAAGGCUUUUACUGUUAGGCCAGCUUUACGCGGCCGCGAAGAACGAAACAGUGCUUGUUAUACAUAAGGAGGAUGAUAUCGUACGGAAGGUGGCUUCAGCAGGGGCGACACGAGACGUUUAUAACAGUCAGCAAUACAUUGUUCCGUGGGCUGAUGUGGUAAAGUUGCGGGAUACCUUGGAGAAGGUGCAUAUUUUGCAUACUUCUCGUCGUUGGAGAGAAGAUGGAGAAGUGGCUAGUUUCACGCCUACCAUGAUGUACGAAACUGGCGAUUGGGUCCCUUUUCAGCAGUUUUACAGUCCUUUUGUGAACAACUCACCUAAUACUGUGGUGGUGAAAGAGAAAGUACGGACAGAGUGCGAUGUUCAGAUGACUAGUGUUGGGGAUAGUUAUAGCAAAACUCCAUCAGUAUUGUACUGGUGUGUUCGUUGCCACUCCUUUGUGAAUCUGACUGGUGGCCUAACCAAGAUGACAUGGAAUGGAAAUGGCGUGAAUGAAAUUGGAUCCGGUUCCGACGCUGGUGCGGCACAACGAAGGACAACACCGCUGGACGGCAGCUACCAAUGA